GAUUUGAAAUCCAUUUGUCUGGAUUCUCGUUUGUCUGGAUUUCAAAUCUACAUGUAAAAAUGCAAAGAUGCUGAAAUGGAACGAAGCUUUCAAAAGAGUAACUCAUUUGUCUGGAUUCUCGUUAACGCACUACCGGUCUGAGGCGGAGUUUAUUCGAGCCAUUGUUGAAUGGAUAUCCUUGCAAUUUGAUUAUACACUCACAAGUGUCGCUGGGCAUGAUGAACUUGUUGGAAUGGACUCUCGUCUUGAGGAAAUGAAUUUGCAUUUAGAUUUGGCAUCAAAUGAUGUUCGCUUUAUAGGGAUAUGCGGGAUGAGUGGAAUAGGCAAGACAACCCUUGCAAGAUUUGUCUUUGUAAGAAUCCGUCAUCAAUUUGAAGCUAGCAGGUUUCUUGAAAAUGUUAGCGAGGGUUCUAAAUCAUAUGGUUUAGCUGCUUUUCCAAUCUUGUGCAGCCUUGAAGAAUCAGCUUCUCAAGAUUUGGGAAUCCAGUGA